GCUGUGGGAGGGUGGCGGGAGCUGGUGUUAGCGGCAGUGGCCACGGGCUGCUGCCCUCCCGGGGCCGGGACAGGGUGUGGGGGCCUCUCCCGCGGACAGCACCGACCCCGCGCCUUGGCAGACGGCGCACUGGGGCCCAGCACGCGCCCUGCGAGUCUGCGCUGUGUUCUCAUUUCACUGGUGAGGAGACUUAGGCAGAGAGGCGGAGACACUUGUCCAAGGUCACGCAGCUGGUAAGUGGGAGCGCCCAGCAUGGGACCUAGCACCGUCCGGCUGCAGAGCUCGCGUUCCGCCCACCCCGCCGUCGCCUCCAGCGAGAGGGGAGGUGGUCGGCAGGGCGUGUCGCCGGGACCACCAGGGCUCCAGGCUGGGUGUGACCACUAACCCUGUGAAUGACCUCGGGCCUUAACCUCUUCGUCGCUCUGGGCCUUGUUUCUCCACCUGUGAAAUGAGGUAAUGCCAGCCCCGCGACUCCUCAUCAGCGUGCACGGAGCAUCGAAGGAGAUGUGUAUGUGAAAUGUGUAUAGAGCUGCACCGAGCACACUUAAAGAAUUAGGAUCUCUUUUGAAAGGAACGGGGAAAGGGGGCAUGGUGGGGAAGAGUUCCAGAUGAGUCCCUCUGGGUUAGUUUUACUUGAGGCCCUUUGGGUGGGGAAUGAGGUAAGGACUAGAUAGCGUAUUUCCCCUCGAAGGAAACCUCACCCGGUUUUCUGGGCCACCCCUCAGGGUCUCCAUCACCCACCUCCAUGCUUCGAAUCCUGCUCUCUGCCCAGAAUUCCCCUGCUCGGCUGUCUGGUCUGCUGCUCAUCCCGCCAGUACAGCCCUGUUGUUCGGGGCCAAGCAAGUCGGGGGACCGACCUUUUGGAGGAGGCCCUGUGCAAGGCCUUCAACGGCUUCUGGAACAGGCACGGAGCCCUGGGGAGCUGCUGCGAUGGCUGAGCCAGAACCCCACCAAAGUGCGAGCUCAUCACUACCCUGUGGCCCUCCGCCGUCUGGGACAGCUCUUGGUGUCUCAACCUAGGCCCUCCCCUGUGGAGCAGGCCACACUGCAGGACUUGAGUCAGCUCAUCAUCCGAAACUGCCCCUCCUUUGAUGUGCACACCAUCCAUGUGUGUCUACACCUUGCAGUCUUACUUGGCUUUCCAUCAGAUGGACCGCUCCUGCGUGCCCUGGAGCAGGAGCGAAGGUCCCGCCUCCUUCCAAAACCACCCUCCCCACAUCAGCCUGCCAUCCAUGGUGGGCAAAGGUUGGAAAUGGCCCUGAGCUGCCCCCAUUUCCUGCGGUACCCUCAUCAGCAUCUGAUCAGAAGCCUGGCAGAGGCAAGGCCAGAAGAACUGACUCCCCAUGUAAUGGUGCUUCUGGCUCAGCACCUGGCCCGGCACCGGUUGCGGGAACCCCAGCUUCUGGAAGCCAUUGCUCACUUCCUGGUGGUUGAGGAAGCCCAGCUCAACAGCAAGGUGGUACAGAAGCUGGUCCUGCCCUUUGGGAGGUUGAACUACCUGCCUCUGAAGCAGCAGUUCAUGCCCUGUCUUGAAAGGAUCCUGGCUCGGGAAGCAGGGGUGGCACCCUUGGCCACAGUCAACAUUUUGAUGUCACUGUGCCAGCUACAGUGCUUGCCUUUCAGAGCCUUGCAGUUUGUCUUCUCCCCUAGUUUCAUCAACCACAUCAAUGGCACCCCUCCUUCUCUGAUUGUGCGACGCUACCUCUCUCUACUCGACACGGCCGUGGAGCUUGAACUCCCAGGGUACCAAGGCCCCCGCCUUCCCCAAAGACAGCGAGUGCCCAUCUUCCCACAGCCCCUCAUCACUGACCGUGCCCGCUGCAAAUACAGGUGGGCCAGAGGAGGGGCAGCCACAGGAGCACAGAGUAGGAAAGCCAUGUCUCCUAACAGAAGACUAGCCUUGAGGCAGCAAAGGGCCUUUGCAGGGUGGCAGUGCUCAGCAGGUACAGGGGCCUUCCCUCUACCACUGUCCUUUCUCCUCAGUCACAAGGACAUAGUAGCCGAGGGGCUGCGCCAGCUGCUAGGGGAAGAAAAAUACCACCAGGACCUGACUGUGCCUCCGGGCUACUGCACAGACUUCUUGCUCUGUGUUGGUAGUUCUGGUGCGGUACUGCCGGUGAGGACACAAGACCCCUUCCUGCCCUACCCACCACAGUCCUGCCAACAGGACCAGGCUGGCUCUAACCCCACAACACAACACUCCACCCAAAGGGUGGUGUUGAUGCUGCGAGAACGCUGGCAUUUCUGCCGGGAUGGCAGGGUGCUUCUGGGCUCUCGUGCUCUGAGGGAGCGGCACCUGGGCCUGAUGGGCUACCAACUCCUGCCGCUGCCAUUUGAAGAAUUGGAGUCUCAGAGAGGCCUGCCCCAACUCAAGAGCUACCUGAGGCAGAAACUUCAGGCCUUAGGCCUCCGCUGGGGACCUGAGGGUGGGUGAGGGAGCACAUAGAGGGCUCAGGAUGGAAUCCCUAUUGGGGAGGGGGCAAUUUGCACUUUGGCUCCCUGUUGGCUUUUUCAUUAAAAUCCCUUUCCUUCCCCA